CAACAUGGAUCAAAACGAAUCCAGGCCAAGCUGGAGGCCUGGGAAGCCUGUGCGCUGAACCUCAAACGUCUGGAGUCCUUUGCCUUCUGAAUCUUUUGACCAAGAGAGGCUGAUAACAUGCAACCGCGCACUAGGGCUCUGGCAGCAGCCAGACUUGGGUUUAGUUCUAUUGUUUACCAGCUGCGUGACAUUGAGUAAAAGGCUUAACCUCUUCGGUCCCAAAUGCCUCCUUAUUAACAUGGGGACAACAACAGAACCCAUCUCCCAGAACUGAUGCCAAGCAUUUGGCCACAGUUGCUGCUAGGUGAGGGACAGUCCUGUUUCAUACACAACAGAAUGUUGAUAAUCAUUUAUUGAUCACUUUCAGAGCCAAACAGUUUGUGUGCCUGUAUCUCAUUGAAACACUACCAUUUCUCUGGAUAGCAGAUACUAUUACCAUAUUAUAAGUUAUAUAGACAUUUAGCACUAAUGGCACAGAGUAGGUGCUCACCAAAAACUGUUAGCGAGGGCAGUUUUGUCACAUAAAACAAAAAAGGAGCAUGGGAAAGGCGCUUUGCAAGGUGUAAGGUUCCGCACAAGUUUUUGCUGUAAUUGUUACGUCGCCCUUUGUGGUCAUAAUCCUUUAUUUAUUCUUUCUGAGUUACUACGAUGGUACCCUAGUUACCGUGGCCAUGGAAACGCGGCCCGCCGUCCCGGAUUGGACGGUUCGCGGGUUCCCCCUGGAGGCCACCUUCUGGUCCUGCUGCGGAAUGACGGGCCUGCCUUGGAGACUGGGAGAGGGGUGUCGGGAGUUGUAGGCGAUGGGCGUGGCUGCUGCGGAGCGGUGCACUCCGGGAGUUGCAGUUCCCGGGCGAGGCAGUUGGCUGCUCCACACCGAGCUCGGGCCUCACCCGGAUGGCGGCGGUGACGCGCAGCUGCCGGCCCUGGGGCUCGCUCCUCGGGCUGCUCGGGCUGGUCUCGGCCGCGGCCGCUGCCUGGGACCUGGCUUCCCUGCGCUGCAACUUGGGCGCCUUUUGCGAAUGCGACUUCCGGCCCGACUUGCCGGGUCUGGAGUGUGACCUGGCUCAGCACCUGGCUGGCCAGCAUCUGGCCAAGGCGCUGGUGGUGAAGGCGCUGAAGUCCUUUGUGCGCGACCCUGCCCCCACCAAGCCGCUGGUCCUCUCCCUGCACGGCUGGACCGGCACCGGCAAAUCCUAUGUCAGCUCCCUGCUGGCGCACUACCUCUUCCAGGGCGGCCUCCGCAGCCCCCGCGUGCACCACUUUUCUCCCGUCAUCCACUUCCCCCACCCCAGCCACAUCGAGCGCUACAAGAUAUUAUUUAUGGAGCACCUAUGUUUAUCAGAUAAUCUGCACUGUUGUCUUGCUGGAAAUCCCCCCAAUUCGUGGCUCAGAAAGGAUCUUAAGAGCUGGGUCCAAGGGAACCUCACUGCCUGCGGCCGCUCCCUCUUCCUCUUCGAUGAGAUGGACAAGAUGCCCCCAGGCCUAAUGGAAGUCCUGCGGCCUUUCCUGGGCUCCUCCUGGGUUGUAUACGGGACCAACUAUCGCAAAGCCAUCUUCAUCUUCAUCAGCAACACGGGUGGCGAGCAGAUCAACCAGGUGGCACUGGAGGCGUGGCGCAGCCGCCGGGACCGCGAGGAGAUCCUCCUGCAGGAGCUGGAGCCAGUCAUCUCCCGCGCAGUGCUGGAUAACCCACACCAUGGCUUCUCACACUCAGGCAUCAUGGAAGAGCGCCUCCUAGACGCAGUGGUGCCCUUCCUCCCACUGCAGCGGCACCAUGUCCGGCACUGCGUGCUCAAUGAGCUGGCCCAGCUGGGCCUGGAGCCGAGGGAUGAGGUUGUCCAGGCUGUGCUGGACAGCACCACCUUCUUCCCUGAGGACGAGCAGCUCUUCUCCUCCAAUGGCUGCAAGACCGUGGCCUCCCGAAUCUCCUUAUUUCUCUGACUCCCCGGGUGGUAUCCUUGGCCCUCUAAUGGCCAGGCCAUGCAGGAAAGGCCUGGGGCCUCUGUCACAGGAACCCAGCACACCAAGUGAGAUGAAGGGAGUGGUGGCUGGGCCACGGGACAGAUGGCUGGGAAAGGGCCCUGGCCUCUAAUCUGGCUCAAGAGCAUCUUGGCCCUGGCCACCUUCCCCAGGGAAACCCCUGGUCACCCCAGAACCUCACUGAGCCUUGACCUCCCCCUGCAGCCUGAGCCUUCUUACUGUGAAUUAUAACUCAGGGACUGUGGCUCGUGGCGGCGCUCCCUCCUCAGUCUGCCACCCUUGCCCCUUGCCCCUUGCCUCCUUGGUCGGGCACCACGCCCCCUCCCCUCCACCCCACACCCUGUGUCCAUUUCAUCAAGCCAGGUGGAGCCUUCUCAGUUUCCAUAAAUGGAGGGACUCAAGCUGCCACUUUGGGCCUGGUUUUAGAAGUUUUUAAUUUUGUAAAAGAAGAGAACAAGUAUAAUAAACUCAGCUAUGGGACCAGA